UCACCCUCUCCUUCCCAUGUGCCGUACAGAAGAUCUUGGAGCGGGCUGACAGUAUUCAAAAGGCCAACCCAAGUAUCAGGCAUCUGUCUGAGGAUCGCCCUCUAGAAGCGCGAAAGCUCGGUCAAAACAGGUCAGGGGUGGAGGCACGAAACAGGCUUCCGACGGGCGCCAGUUCAGCCGACCCCAAACUCAUGACCAAACGGAUUGUGGUCAUAGCCCCCUAUGCUCCCGACAGUAGGCCGACGAAACAAGCUGCGUCACCUGACAGCAGUUUUUACCCGACCACCACAGGCCUCGCGCCCACCAAAGGCUCGGAUGCCCGGGGGGAGGCAAACCCCACAUGCAAGCAGCGCCCAAGGUACGUGGAGCUACCAACGCUUGUCCCCGUAACAGACGACACAGCUGCAGGCAAGCACUCCUCAACAAAGCCACAGAGUCUGAAUUGGACUGAGCCAGCCUCAUUUAACUGCCUGUGCUGCACUCCUAAGACAGUCCUUUCUCACCCUCAUGGAUUUGAGUUGGCCCAACUCGUCAAGCGUCUUCGAAGAAGGAUCUGGUUAGAAAACCUCACAUUAGCUAUGGAUGACUUGUGCUGGCGUAUUUGUCUCUCGUUCUUGCUGCUCACUCUACUUUCCGGAGCGCCAAAAAUAUUAUCCCUUGAAACUUGUGACCGAACGGCACAGUUCAAGGCAAAUAGCAUCCUACUGCCGCAACAUGCGAUCGAUGCAGGUGCAGAAUUUCUUAAGAAGAUUAUCACCAUUUCACUGAGGAGCUGCUACUUUUACUGUUGUCAGUUGGAAUCAUGUACCACUGCAAUCUUCAAAACAAAGGCUCCGCAUGAUUGUUUUCUUUUCAAUUGUGGCCGAACCAACAGUUGCACCUACUCGGAGCGUGAGGGCUACGAUGUGGUUACGUUGUCUCAAAAAACAGCCCCCCACUUCGCUGGUCUUAAUGAGCCUUGUGAUCAGACCCGAACAUGUUCCACCAACCAUUCGAUUUGUUCGAGUGGUCAAUGUGUGUGCAAGCCGAAUUGGAUUAAUAAAGACAUGGAGUGUGGUAGGUGUCGAUUCCUCGUGGUCCACGAAGCUGUUUCAAUUCUGGUUUCAGUACGUUCUGUCUGUGAAUCACCUACCCUCCAGUUCCAGUGCAACGAUGCAUCUACUUGCGUAGCUAUUUACGAUCGGUGCAACGGUAUUAUCGAGUGCCCGGAUGGGUCCGACGAAGUGGACUGCGCAUUUGCUUCUUCUGACAUGCCAUCCUCGAAAACGACGCUCAGUUCCGGAAACCGCACUCAUUCAUUGGUUCCUUUGGUGGCGAACAACUCACCACGUCCUGUCAGUGAAGUACUCUCAAAUUUCAAUGACCUAUCGGGGUUUCGAAAACAUUUACACAAAAACCCAGCUGAUACUGUGUACAAUGCGAAGGGCUCAAAUUUCCCCACACCAUUUCACGAAAGGCGGCGAGCUGAUACUAUACGUACACCGCCACCCAUAUGGGAAAGUACUGAUGCAACCUCUGAUGUAUUGACUGAGUACCGUCCCCGAAGCCUGCGGUUUUCCACGAGACCCCAUCCGGUACGCAACGGCAUGUUGGAUUGGUCUGAAGGACAACCGUACUCUGGCGAAUAUGAACCGGAUCCCUAUCAGCCACGAAACUCCUUCGACGAAUACCCCUAUUUUGGAGAUUCCCAUCUGCGAGGUGACCGUAAAGCCACAAAAAUAAACCCGGGGCAUGGAAGAUCUCGUACGUGGUCUUCAUUAUAUCCAGACACCUAUGCCACCCACAUUGAUCCCGAACGUCGGUUUCAAAGGUUUCCCAUUCGGGAUUCUUCAUUAGACGAAGAGUAUCGACCACACAAUUACUUUCCAAGCGACAACAUUCCAGAAGAAGAGCUCAUUGAUUCCAGUGUCAUAGCUGGGCUACCAGUGAGCGAUUGGGAACGUUCUGGCCCAAGUCCUCGAAGCGGACGGUUGUACUCACUGCGACGCAAUGUUCAGGAUAUGGACGGAGGUGAUAGACGAGGUUCGUCACCUGGACAUAAUUUCCAUUCCAAAGUUUCAGCGAGUCCUGCUUCAACUGAAUCGACAGCGCCUCCCCCAACAGCGAGUCAGUCUUCUGUCAAUAACGCUGACGCACCAGUCUCUCAAAGAAGUCAGAGUGAGAGCCACACUGCCGCCCUCCUUCUGGCCUUCAGCUUGGGUCUAGUGUGCUGUUUUGUCGGCCUUUUAAUCCUCGAGUGGCGUCGGCGUCGUCGAUUGCGACGGUGGGCCACAGGCUUACGUGGAAAUGGGGUUCCAGUAUUGUUUGGGGACAAUGGUAAAUUGGCCUCCACAAGAAGUCGAACCGCGCGACGGUCUAGGCAUCGCAUUGGAGACAUAGGUACUUCUGUGGGUGUGGAAGAGGAGAACAAAGCACUAUGUGAUGGCUUAAUCUUGUGAUUCGUAUUCGUCUCUUUAUUUGUCCUCGUUUCACUCAACGGUCCAUUCUUGUGACCAUCUGUCUUGUCCUGUUGUGAUAUGCUUGCCCCACCUUUGUCUUUGACGGAUUCUUUUCACUCGCCAUUUCCACAUACCCAUAUGUACCAAACCCUGGUAUCUCUACUAUUUUCUCCCUUUACUUCAUUCAAAUUUGGUGCAAUAGAUUCAUCCUUUCUGGCCAGCUCUGCAUUUCCCGAAAUAUACUGUCA